AUGUUGAAAGCUGCUACUUAUUAUAGACUUCCACAAGUCACUACACGUUUAUGUGUCCCCACAAUUCGACUUGUGUCAAGCACAACUACAAAACCGCAAACAAUCACCGAUCACACACCAACUCAUCAUGAUGACACCAAUUUACCAUUGAAUAAACGAGCAAUGGAAUCGCCUCAUACAGUCCCGCAACGUAAUGGGAUUCUCGAUAUUUCAACCAAGAUUUACAAUGAAUCAGACAUUGAAAAGCAUGAUGAUGUGAAAUUCCUCACCAAACCUGCUUAUCCUCACGUUGGCUACACUGAAGCGGGUUGCUACAGAGUCAAGGUUGCUCAUAGAAAACCAAGAACUAUUGGUGACAAGAUUGCCUACCACGGAACUAUGUUUUGCCGUUCCUGUUUCGACUUUGUUACUGGUUACAAAGUUCCAAAAUCAGGCGAGUCACUUGACAAAUACAAAGGAACUAGAUAUGAAAUGACUGAAGGUAAAUGGAUGACUCGUGUUAUCUUUUUGGAGCUGAUUGCUGGUGUUCCUGGAUCAGUUGCUUCAUUUUUGAGAACAUUGCAUUCAUUGAGGUUAUUGAAGAGAGACAAGGCUUGGAUUGAAACUUUACAAGAUGAGGCAUACAACGAAAGAAUGCAUUUACUUACCUUUAUCAAGAUUGGUCAACCAUCAUGGUUCACAAAGACAAUCAUUUACCUUGGUCAAGGUGUCUUUACCAAUUUGUUCUUUUUCUGUUACUUGGCCAAUCCAAAAUACUGUCACAGAUUUGUUGGAUACUUGGAAGAAGAAGCAGUGAGGACUUAUACUCAUUUGCUUGACGAAUUGGAGGAUCCGAACAAGCUCAAGGAUUUCCAAAAUAUGUUGAUCCCAACAAUCGCCGUCAAUUACUGGCCAUCUUUGACAGAAGAGUCGAGUUUCAAAGAUUUAAUUUUAAGAAUUCGAGCUGAUGAAUCAAAGCACAGAGAAGUGAACCAUACAUUGGCCAACUUGAAGCAAGAUGGGGACAGAAACCCAUUUGCUUUACAUAUUGAAGGAUUUGAUAAACCUCAACCAAACUAUGGUUUGGAUGUCGUGAAGCCAACGGGUUGGGAGAGGAAGGAUUUGUACCUUUAA